UUGGGGUUUGUCCCGCUCACCCGGCCGCACAGGGGACAGCCUGGCUCUGGUUAAAAGUGCUUUAAUAAAUAUGGAGGGAGAGGAAGCAAUUUGCUCAGGGGGCUGGUGCCUCUGGAGAGCUCGGGUGUGACUCGUGAGGGGAAGGAGCCUUGUUUUGUUUUCGCAGUCAGGUCUGGGAAGAGCUGGGGGGCCGCGUGUGUGUGAGGAGAGGGAGAAGCGGUGCUCGGCGGCGGGCGUGAGUGAGCACACAUGGAUAACGCGCAGAGAGGGCGAGGGUACAUGAUGGAAGAGGCGAGAAAGCUUAUGCUGACGACUUGGGGCGGCCUGGGUCGGUACUCCGCAUGGGUCGCUUCCAGAGAGGCUGUAUAAGGUCCGGAACCCCCAAGCCCGCCGUAAGACAAAGCAUGUGCCGAGAUCGCCCUCCGGGUUUGCCAUGAGAGGGGGCCGCUCUCGCAGCCCCCCCCAGCACUGAGGGUGCUUGCCAGGAGUGCAGAUCUGAAGUCAGCGCCGACUGAUUCCUGCGCAGCCCCCACCGUACAAUCAUCCCUCCAGAGAAGAGAGACUGGCCGUAAAAUGACCCCCCCCCCCCAAGGAGGGAUGCUCUCUUCCCUGUUGGAGCGUGAGGUUGACAGCUGGGCUGAGUCCUGCAACUCUCCUACUGCUGUUGGACUGGCUCUUCCUUCCCAAUAUGCCCCCGUUUUCCUGUGAGAGGAGGGGGGAGGUUCUCUAAGGAGCAUGUGGCUGGGAGACGGUGGUGCGCCAAGAACAGCACCCACCGCAGUUCCUUGUAGGUGCCUUUCCUGCCUGAGCCAGCCUGCUGAGGAGAGGAGGUGUUAGUCCUCUUGCCCUUAAAAACAUAACCAUCCCCAGACCCCAACUGCAGAAGGGCCUCUGGCGACCCCACUCCACUCCACUCCGCGCGGCUCCAUUACCAAAGGCAGCAGCUGACGAGUGCAAAGUGAGUUUACACACCACCACCCCCGGAUCAUGUGCGUUUAGUUCAUUGAUCUCCCCCAUUUUGGUUGGGAUUGUGACAGCCACGUGGCCAGGAGAGCUGAGCGCAGCCCAGCAAGUCACAGGCAUUUCUGGGGGUGUGUGUGUCUGUAACAACCACGACAAAGCCAGCCCAUGAGCUCCAGAGAGAGGGAGAUCACCCCCCAGUCUGCUGCUGCCGCCGCUGCCCACCUACUUCUGCACGGCAGUUUAGCCGCUGUUCUCGGUGUCUUCUUUCUCUUUUGCUCAUGGGUGAAACAAGUAAAAUUAAAUGGGUCCAGUAACUGGAAUGACUCCAGAUAAGAAAGCUGAAGCACCCGGAGCAGAAAAGGCUGCAGGAUUAAGACAGAUUUACAGAAUGGGAAGCUUGCCUGAAGCAGUUGAUGCUGCUAGGCCGAAGGCCACUUUAGUGGACAGUGAGUCAGCAGAUGAUGAGCUCACAAAUUUGAACUGGCUUCAUGAAAGUACUAAUCUUCUAACAUACUUCAGUCUUGGAAGUGAGGGUCUUCCAAUUGUUAGUCCUAUAUAUGACAUUGAGGGUGAUAACGUGCCAUCUUUCUCACCAUCCUGCUACCAGAAUCUGGAAAAAAAAUCAGCCACUUCCAAACCUCCUUAUUCCUUUAGCCUUCUCAUUUACAUGGCUAUUGAACAUUCUCCUAAUAAAAGUUUGCCAGUCAAAGAAAUCUACAGCUGGAUUCUGGAACGCUUCCCAUACUUUGCCACAGCACCCACAGGGUGGAAGAACUCUGUUCGACACAAUCUUUCCUUGAAUAAAUGUUUCCAAAAGGUGGAGAGAAGCCAUGGCAAGGUGAAUGGAAAAGGUUCAUUAUGGUGUGUUGAUCCAGAAUAUAAGCCAAAUCUUAUACAAGCACUGAAAAAGCAACCUUUUCCCUCAGCACUUGCAUUUUAUACCCCACCGGCUUCACCACCGAGUAGGUCAUCCUGUCCUCAUUACUUAACUUCAGUACUUAAGCAGAAUCAUGGCCGGUCUCUCAAAGAAUCUGAUAUUGAUGCUGCUACUGCAAUGAUGCUGUUAAAUACAUCUAUUGAACAAAGGAUUUUAGACUGUGAGAAGGCCAAACCUCUCAAGAUGCCCAAGAAGAGGAGUUAUGGCAGUACAUUUAAUCAUCACAGUUCCAUAAACCUGCAAGAAAAUCAUUCUGCAGCCAUUAAUAUUGAUCCAAAGGAGGAUCACAAUUACAGUGCUAGCAGCAUGGCUUCACAGUGUUGUGCAUCUAGGUCCAGCAUGUCUUCCUUGUCCUCUGUUGAUGAGGUGUAUGAAUUUAUCUCCAAGACCAGCCAUGCAGGAAGCAAUGGCAGUGAAGGAUUUCAUAGUGAAGUGGAUACGGACAUUGACUAUGAAGACGACCCUCUUGGAGACAGUGGCUAUGCAGCACAACCUUGUGUAGAUACCUCUGACAAAAGUCAGCCUAGCAAGAAAGCUCUCAAGGAGUUAUGUCAAGAAAUUGAUGAGGAGCUGAAAGAGGCAGCGGGGUCUCUGCUCCACCUGGCUGGAAUCAGCACAUGUUUGGGUUCACUAAUAAGUACUGCAAAGACCCAAAGUCAAAAGCAGAGGAAAAAAUAGUAAUGCUUGUUAAUGUGAAUAUAUACAUAUAUUUUUUUCAAGUGUGGCAAUACUCUUCUACUUUUACCUUUCACAAGGAAGAUCAAAGCCAUAAGAGGACUUGUUUUUUAUUUUUUGAUGCUAAUUAUAGUUUGGCCUUUUAUUUUCAAAUUAUUGCUUAGAAAAUGUUUUAUUUAAUCUUUUCAGAUUAGGAGAGAUGCAUGACAUGUGAAAACCUAACUGUAUACUUUUUGAUGACCAGUGAUUGAAUAUUUGACUAUUUACAGAGCGAUGCAUAGGUUCAGAUGCAUGUUAUGGGUGAAAUUUACCCCUGUGCAGGCCUACUCCACGUAGGAAUGAAUUUCACCCUAUGUGAGGGGACAUAAUUUCCCGAUCUCCCUCCCCAAGACAGAAAUAACUUUCACUGGUGUAGCAAACAGUGAGAAGCUGCCACUGCACAUGUGCCACUUACCAUUUUCCCCAACUACUGAAUACACAGUAGCUGUUAGCUAAAGGUUUUUGCUGUUUUUGUUUUGUUUUUCAUGUGUAAAAAAUAUUUGUUAAAAACUCAAAGUUCGUGCUGUCUCAAUCCACAAAUGAAGUGGAGAUUCUAGAUGGCUAAAUUGUAAAUGACUGCUGGAAAGAACUUUGGGUCAUGUUUAAGAAAAGCAUAAUAUAAUAAUUUCUUUUAAGAUUAGGAAAACUGAGUUAAUUACAUUAAUUUCUAAAUACCUUGUGCAUUUUAAUAUCUGCUACCAUAACUUUGGUCUUAGUCUACUGAUUACUGUGCUUCUGCUUCAUGCUGUAUGUACCAUUUUAGCUUCCUUUGAACUACAGUGUAUGUCCAGUAGCAUGGCGUUCUUAGAGCAUACACUGUGAAUCAUGGUGAUCUCUUCAUAUUUGCGGGUGAAGCUCCUUAAAAUUCAUCACCUUUGCAAUAAUAAUCUUUAUAACCCAAACAUCUUGCGGACAAGAAUGUUAUAGUAAAUGAGUGUAAUGGAUUUUUUUACUGCUUAACUCUUAAUGUAGCUGGUGGCAAUUUUUUUAGUAUUUUGUGCAAAAAAAAUGGGUACGCAGACACGUUAGAAUAAGUUUAACAGUACUGAAAGUAUAAGAAUGCCUUAAGUAUGUUUCAGCAUAGUGAAAACUUAAGAGGUCAUUUUGCUUGUUUUUGAGAGGCAGUGUGAUGUGCCAUGAAAUCUGUUUAGCUCAUACAUUAAGCUGCUGCUUUCAGUAAGUUUGGGCAAGAUGGCUUAGAACUAGACUCAAAUACUAUAUACCCAUAUAUGAAACCGUGUCCAGUGUUUGGUUGUUCAGAACAGUGCUGGAUUCAACAAAAAGAAAUUAAGCCUAAACUGUUACUAAUGGGAUAAUGUUUUUCUGGCCACUUUGAUACAAGGCUCUUAGAGUUCGGUGUUUUCUUAUUUGUCAGUUUCUCCAUGGAUCCUGCCCAUAUAAUUAUCCCUUCCAGUUUAAGUAUUCAUACAGCCAUGCUGCUAAAGGCCUGCUAUUCUCAGGUUCUGCUCCAGUGCUUGUUGAAGAUAAUGGUGAUACUCCCAUGGACUUAAUGGGCUUUGGAUCAGGCCCCAAGAUAUUCAAGCACUUACAUAGCAUUUCUUUGGUAUUUAAAUCCAGUGGCUUUAAGAGGGCUCCACUUUUAGUUUUAAGCAUAAAAGUAAAAAGAAAAAAAAAAGAAAUCUGUCUCUCUGGCACUGUGACUGUGCAUACACCAACCCAUCCACCUGAGGAAAAAAUGGUAUACAAAUGUGCUCCAUUUUGUGUCACAUUUGCAUCUCUCUUAGAUAUCUCGAGCAGUGAAUUAGCUGACCUGUUAUUGAACAGAUAAUGGGUGAAAUUAAUUUUCUCACAAUUGAAAAACAAACAAAUGAAAAUUCCAUUAAUUUUAAUUACGAACAUGGGAUUUCUUAAACACUGAGAUGUACAUGACAUUUCUUUCACUAGUGUUUGCCAAUAUACUUUUUAAUAGAGUUUGAUACAAAACAUGUUCAGUAUAGCAAUGUAAAAGUAAUUAUUAUUAUAGCAAUAUAAAAAUAAUGAUUCAACUAUGAAGAAGCAUCAUUAAUAUCCCUUUGAAAUUCAUUUAAGUUUUGUAUAUCUCAAUUUUUUUAAAUUCAGCACUAUGGAAUAAGUGUUGUAUUAAGCUCUAGAUAAAGUCAGUCACAGCCUUUCUGUUAACCUUAAAGGAAGGUGGAUCACUCCCUAAAUAUACAAAUACUGGAAAUUGUAUUCAUACUCAUUUUCUUGCAGUUUGCCUUGGUAAGACAGUUAACCUGUUCAAAUUGUAUCCUUCAUUUCCCAACAGAAUCAGUGUUUUCAAAAUAAAGAUUCCAUACUAAAUAGGGGCCUGAUUGUACUACUGGAAUCAGUUGUGCUACUCAGCAUGAGUGAGGGUGUCAGAA